AUGCCCAAUUUCGGUUCAUGGCCAUCCUCUAAAACAUUCAACUUCGUUCUUAAUCUCUUGGUCAAUAACAAACUACACGACGCCGUUUUCAAUCUUUAUUCUUCCGCUUCCAAGUUAGGAUUCCAAGUCGACGCUUGUUGUCUUAAUAUUAUGAUUAAAGGGUUGUGCAAACAAGGAGAGAUGAAAGCUGCCUUUAAGGUGUUCGACGAAUUUCCAAAACUGGGGAUUCAACGGAAUGAGAGGACUUUUUGUACGUUAAUGCAUGGGUUAUGCGAGAAAGGGGAUGUGGAUGAGGCUUUUGAGUUGUUGGAGAUAAUGAAAAGGGAAAAGAUUUGUGUUGAUGUUAUGGUUUUCAAUGUUUUGAUUUGUGGGUUGAGGAAAAAAGGGAGAGUGGGUGAAGCCAAAGAGGUUUUGGAAGAUGUCAUGAUGAGGAAUGGGUGUUUCCCUAAUGAGAGUUCUUAUCAACAUGUUUUGUAUGGGUUGAUUGAUUUCAAGAGAUUUGGUGAGGCUAAAGAGGUUGUUGAGAAGAUGGCUUUGAAGGGUUUUGUUCCUAGUUUUGAUUCGUAUAAAGGUUUGAUUUUGGGGUUUUGUAAAGAGGGAUUGGUUGAGGAAGUUGAUUGGGGUGUGAAGGGUAUGGUUAGGAUGGGUUUUGUUCCUAGGAUGGGGAUGUGGAGACAGAUUGUUAAGUGUCUUGUUGUGCAUAGAGACGUUGGUUGUUCUUUUGAUAUAAUUUUGGAUGUUGAUUAUGAUUGA